UGUUAUUUAUUAUCCGUCCGAGAAUUAAUCUUAAGGCAUCAAUGUACCUUCAAUCAACUCUAACCACGUUUGAGAUUUACGCCACGCGGAACAAGAACAGUGGGAAAAAUGAGGGAUCCAGUGUUCCGACCCAUUGUGGAGCGAUAUGCAUGCACAACUUGAUGUUGUCUGUUCAGAUGGUGAUCUGUGCCAUUUCAGGUGUUCUCAAUGUGUUUCAACUCGCCCUUGGCCUAUCGAACUUCUUGCAAUGUGCAACUUCUUCAAAAACUUUUACAUCUACAGCGCCUGUCGGGAUCCAGCAAACCAUUUCUUCCGUAUUUCGACUGAUGGAUCUAGCGGAGUCCGAUGCGACGGGAGCCCCCAUGAAAGAUUUAUCGUGGUCGUUGGUCAAUGUCGUCUUUGCAAACGCUAGGAUUAGACCAACCGUUUUCCAACCCGGCUCAUUACCUCCAAUGCGUCCCGAGACAGGGAGACACUGUUACCCGGAAUGUUCUUUAAUAAUUGCAGUAAUCAACUAUCCAGGGAAAGGAUGGUGGAGAAAUGGUCUCAUAUUUGCACGGCUCAUGACCGAUCUUAACUUGCGAGUAUUCCUUAUCAUGGUUGAGCCGGAACGCGGGCCGAUUGCUAUCAUCCAGACACCCUCAUACUCAUUUGCGCGGCCGGACUCUUUGCUCCAGUACGUCACCGAAUUACUCUUGCUAGCCAGCCAUUUUUUGAGUAAUCAGAACGUGCCUAUUCGAACGGCUAUAACUCCUAUAUCUAUACCCCCCUACUCUUCAUGGCCCAAAAUUUUGUUACAAGCAUGCAAGAAGCACCAGUCUGGCCCACAUUGA